UACGUUUUAUUAUUUUAUUUUAAAGCUAUAUAUUUGGUUCAAUGUGUUGCUGGAGACGUGUAUUGCAAUAAGGAGGAAGCGGCUAAAGACUGGGAAUUAUGCCGGCGAGCGUAUUUAGCGAACUCCAUCGAUAUUGAUUAUGUAGCAAUGUGCAACAACAUUGACUGUUUUAUACAGUGUUUGUUUGAUGCUGUUGGAGACUGUACAAAAAGUGAUGUUUUUCUAGACAAAUUUAUGGAUAAUGACCCAGAGAAAAUGAAAGUCGCCUACAGAAUUGCAUGCGCUGAUAUUUCGUUUGUUGAAGGACAAGUCAAAGGAUCUGUUCGAUGUGAAACAGAUGGCAGUUUAUGCAAUUCCACUAUGUUUGCAUCAAGUAUAUUCCACGGAAAAGAUCUAUAUGAAAACGGCAAAUAUGACGAAUACAAAGAGUUGUUAUGCAAUUAUUCAACUCAAGCCAGACCCUGCAUUCGUGUAGUUCCGUCUGUAAAUUGUUCGGCGGACAACGCAAAGAUUUAUUUAAAUAUGAUCAAAGUAGCCAGUUCCCUUUCAUUUUGUGCCAACCCUGAUAUUGAUAACCUAUACAAGAAAUAUGGUGGAGGUUUGACGUGCCCUCGUCCGAAACUGGAUAGCCACUGUUUCAAGUCAAGUUUAAUGUCAAGAAUUUCAAAAUGUGAGACGCUUACACUAAGUUCCAUAUUGGAUAAAAGAUUGCCACCACGAAUAGACAACUACUGUAAAGUGAAAGAGAGUAACAUAAAAUGUUAUGAAGAUGCUUUGAGAGGCUGCAGUGAAAAAGAUGAACAUUUAGAAAUGGACGUAGUGUCAAUGAGAGUGGCCAACAGUGUGGCUUGUGAGAAUCUAGAAGGUAUAUAA